AUGGCACUUUUCUCAACUAACAUCAAGCUGCUUGUUGUGCAUCAUGACGCUAUUCUUCUUGAUCAAAUUCAACAAAUGUGUGACCGAUGUCAUUAUCAACUAACCAUAUGCACUUCACCUUAUUACGCUCUUCAUCUUCUUGCCGAAAGAAAUGAUUAUUUUGAUAUGAUGCUGAUUGAUGUUUGUAUGCCAAACAUGGAUUCCUAUGAGUUUCUUCAAUAUGUAACAAUACAACACAGAAUCCCUGUCAUUGUGAUUUCUUCUGAUGGCACAAAAAGUUCUGUCAUGAAUUCUGUAAUUUACGGAGCUUGUGAUUACUGGGUUCAACCUUUACAUGAAAAACAAUUCAAGACCAUGUGGCAGCACGUUGCAAGAAACAAUUUCAAUGAGAAUAAAGCUGAACAUCAAGUUCUUGGAUUCUUGGAUGCUCAAAGCCCUAAAGAAGAUGAAGUUGUUGGAUUCUUGAAAGCACAAAGCCCUAAUGAACCUGAUGCUGUUGGAUUCUUGAAAGCGCAAAACCCUAGAGAACAUGAUGUUGUUGGAUUCUUGAAAGCACAAAGCCCUAAUGAACCUGAUGCUGUUGGAUUCUUGGAAGCGCAAAACCCUAGAGAACAUGAUGUUGUUGGAUUGUUGGAGGCUCUUCAGCAUGAAAGAAAACGGGAGAGAGAAGAUGAUAAGCCUCCAAAAGACAAAAGUGGAAAAAAGAGUCGGUUAUCAUGGACGCCGCAACUGCACCAACAGUUUCUAAAUGCUGUUAACCAAAUUGGCUUUGAUGAGGCAAAACCUAGAAAGAUUCUCAAAAGAAUGGGUAUUUGUGGUUUAACAACAGCUCAGGUUGCAAGUCAUUUGCAGAAAUAUAGAAACUAUUUGAAGGGACCAUCUUGUGGAAAAAAGUCAAACAAAAGUCAAAGAAUGGACACUCCAACUAAAACAGCAUCAGAAACUGAAGAUGCUAACUCAGUGUUACAUCAUGAGAUUGAGGACCAAACUUGUCAACUGAACUCAACCCUUCAAAGUUACAAUAUCUCUGAAACACAACAACAUUCAACUGAUGUUACUGAUUAUCAAGAUUCUGACAUCGGCUAUAAUUAUGAAGCACAAGAGCAUUCAAUUGAUUAUCAAGUUUCCGACAUUAUGUGUGAUCCAUCAGACUUGUCCAUAGAUUAUGAUGAGUUAAUGUCGUUAUUAUCAUGCUAG